AUGGAAAGACUGAGUGUCGAUUAUGGAAAGAAAUCAAAAUUGGAGUUUGCUGUUUAUCCUGCUCCACAAGUAUCAACUGCUGUAGUAGAAUCCUACAACUCCAUACUAACAACCCAUACCACUCUGGAGCAUUCGGAUUGUGCCUUCAUGGUGGACAAUGAAGCUAUUUACGAUAUCUGCCGACGAAAUCUAGAUAUUGAAAGGCCUACUUACACAAAACUUAGAUUGAUUGGUCAAAUCGUCAGUUCCAUAACUGCUUCACUUCGAUUUGAUGGUGCUUUGAAUGUCGAUCUUACCGAAUUCCAGACCAACUUGGUGCCUUAUCCUCGCAUCCAUUUCCCAUUGGCUACAUAUGCUCCACAACUUUCUGUUGCUGAAAUCACCAAUGCAUGUUUUGAACCGGCUAACCAGAUGGUAAAAUGUGAUCCUCGUCACGGAAAAUACAUGGCAUGCUGUAUGUUAUAUCGAGGUGAUGUUGUACCUAAGGACGUCAAUGCCGCUAUUGCAACCAUUAAGACCAAGCGAACCAUCCAGUUUGUUGACUGGUGUCCCACUGGUUUUAAAGUUGGUAUCAACUACCAGCCACCAACUGUGGUUCCUGACGGUGAUCUAGCUAAGGUUCAAAGAGCUGUUUGUAUGUUCAGCAACACAACUGCUAUUGCUGAGGCCUGGGCUCGUCUUGAUCACAAAUUUGAUUUGAUGUAUGCAAAGAGAGCUUUUGUUCAUUGGUAUGUCGGUGAGGGUAUGGAAGAAGGUGAGUUCUCGGAAGCUAGGGAAGAUUUAGCUGAUCUAGAAAAAGAUUAUGAAGAAGUGGGUGUUGAUUCUGUUGAAGGUGAAGGAGAAGACGGAGAGGUAGUGGAAUACUAA